GGCUGUGAAGACAAUGGAGACAAUGAAACCAGAAGUGAAAGUGCCAGCUACCUCCGAGCCUCGAUAAAAAACCCAGCCUUUCCUGAAUGAUCAGUUUACCUCACGCCUAGAAAUAAUCUUUGGCUUCACCUUAACCCUCUAAGGACCAGGCCCACUUGAGCCAGCCUCGGGAUUUCUUGUUGUGGAUCCGCGGGAAAUGCAGCUUUGCAUUGGGUUUGACUGUAAGCGCCUCCAGUACAUGCCUUGACAUGCUGAGCCAGAGGGGAGGAGAACAAGGAGGACAAGAAAGACCGGAGAAAGAGAGUGAGAGAAGGAGAGAAGCCGUCAAGGAUCUCCUGAGAGAGGGGGCAAGUGUGCCUGGGUGUUUUUGCUAAGGCGGAGGAAACUCUGUCUGGAGCAGGAGCUGAACAGGAGCAACUUGCAAGAAAGGAAUUUUGAAGAAGGGAAGGAGACAGAGGCAAGAGAGGGAUUGAGAAAAUAUGUACUGAACACUGCGUGAAUGAGCGAAGAGGGAGAAACACGAAGCGAUUUCUGUCCGUGCGCUACUAUCUGAAGUGUUGGUGGCCCUCUCUGUCAAACGCGGAGAACAGAGGACUGAUUAUCGGGAGAGAUCCCGUACAGAGGGGCACUGCUCGGAUCAAUUCUCUCUUGUUUUCUCCGUGUUUUUUUUUUUUGUUCUGUGGAUUUAGGCACGUGGGUGUGGCCACCGGAGUUCCUCGUUGGUGGAAGAGGGCAGAGUCUGUGCUGGUCUGUACACACGUUGGAGCAGGGUGAGAUCGUGCUUCACUGCUCCUAGACCCACUCGCACCCUGGCCCCUGGAGAAGGGAAGGGGGAACGGAUCGAAUUCUCUCCCCCCUCCGAAGAGAGGGAAAGGGGUUUUCUGGGAAACAGAGGAGGGCAGAGGUUGCCUCAAAGUUGGAUAAGGAAGACGGGGUCCCCUCUGCGUUCUCCGCAGCGAGAAGCUGAGAAGCCCGGCGGCGCGUCCAGGCGGCACGGUGCAGGAUGGGCGGCGGACCGCGUCCCGGCCAGCUCCCCCUAGGGAGGCGAUGAGCGGCGGCGGGGGCGGCAGGGCGGCCCAGGGUCGGCCCUUCCACUGCCGGGGAUGGGCUCUGGGCAAGCUGCAGCACUGGCUGGGCACCCGCUGCCCGGGGGCGCUGGUGACGGGCGGGCCGGGGGCGGGGAAAACGGCGCUGUGCGCCGAGGCGGUUCGGCCCUCGUCCGACGCCGGGUUCGAGGCGGGACUGGCGCCCCGCUGCCUGGCGUCUCACUUCUGCCGACGGGAGGAUGAGCGGAGCGUGGAGGUGUGGAGGUUCGUCCUGGGCCUGGUCGAGCAGCUGCGGGGAAGCCCUCUCCUCCCACCGGGGUACGCCCAGACCCUGGAUACCCCCGCCGUCGCCCUGACCCUGGACCCCCUGCACUGCCAACGGGACCCCGAUGACACUUUCAGAAGAGCAGUGCUGUUGCCCCUUCAGGAAACCCCCCCUCCGGCCCACAGGCUCUUCCUGCUGGUGGACUCUCUGGACUCCGGGUUCCAGGGUGGGGGGGUUGGAGAGGGGAGGAGCGGCUCCAUCGCGGAGCUCCUGUCCAGGCACCACCACCUCUUCCCCAGCUGGCUGCUGCUCAUCUGCUCCGUACGGCGCCAGAACCGGGCCGCCUACCGCAUGUUCUCAGGGUUCCGUAAGCUGGUGCUGGACGACCUGCGGAAGGCGCCGGUGGUGCACGACGUGCAGCAGUACAUCCUGCGGCGCCUGGACCAGGAGGGGGCGCUGCGGAGGCACCUGACCCCGGAGACGGCCGAGAUGCUGAACCUGCUGCACAUCAAGAGCGGCGGCUGCUUCCUGUUCCUGGAGCGCGUGCUGGACGGCGUGUCGCGGGGCCUCCUGGCCGUCCGCGAGAUCCGCCACAUCCCCGGCACGCUCAACGGCCUCUACCUGUGGCUGUGCCAGCGCCUCUUUCCCAAGGGCCUCUUCUCCGAGGCGCGGCCCUUGCUCGACGUCCUCCUGGCCGCCCCGCGCCCCCUCAGCCCCGAGCUGCUGUACCGCGCCGUGUGGACCCGCGACCCCGCCCUCGGCCCCGCCCAGUUCCGCCGCAGGCUGGACGCCCUUUCGCCGCUCCUGACGGAGGGGGAGGAGCAGGGGGAGGAGGGGGAGGAGGGGGGCACUCUCUCCCUUUUCCACGCCAGCUUCGCAGAGUGGCUGUUGGACGUGAAGUACUGCACGCAGCGGUACCUGUGCAGCCGGGAGGACGGCCACGCCCUGCUGGCCAUGUCCCUGACGCUCCGCGCCGCUCAGCUGGCCACGCCCGACAUCUGCCAGCUGGCCAAUCACCUCCUCCGCUCCGGCAUGCAUACAUCUGAUCCCGCCCUGCUUGCGCUGUGGAUGGUGUGGACCGGAGUUCCCGCCGUCGGCGGCGACGCCCCCUCGCCCACCCAGUCCCAGGCCCCGCCCCCCGUCCUGGUCCCGCCCGACGUCUUCCAGCUGCUGCUGACGAGCGGGGUGCACCCCCCGUCCUACGGGUCCGGUUUCGGGGUGCACUGCCUGGAGGGCGCUGGGGGCGGGGUCCCGGGGAAGUCGCCGGAGGGGGCGGAGUUCGUGCGGCUGCUCCUGGACGGCGGGGCGAGCGUGAACCGGGCCGACCCGGCGGACGGGCGCACCCUGCUGGCGGGCGCGGCCCAGGCCGGCGCGGUGGACGCGGUGGAGCUCCUGCUGUCGCGGGGGGCGGACCCCGCGCUGGCCGACCACCAGGGCCAGACCCCGCUGACGCUGGCCGCCCGGGAGGGCCACCUGGGGGCGCUGCGCGCUCUGCUGGGCUGGCGCGGCGGCGACGGGGGGGCGGGGGCGGCCGCGGCGGCCACGCUGGAGCACGCCGACUGCGAGGGCUGGACGCCGCUGCGGCUGGCGGCCUGGGGCGGGCACGCCGAGGCGGUGCGCCUCCUGCUGGACGCCGGCGCCGACGUGGACGGCAGCGACGCGGACGGGCGCACGGCGCUGCGGGCGGCGGCCUGGGCGGGGCACCUGGAGAUCGUCCUGGCCCUGCUGGAGCACGGCGCCCGGCCGGACCGGGCCGACCGCGAGGGCCGCACCCCGCUCAUCGCCGCCGCCUACAUGGGCCACCGGGAGGCGCUGGAGGCGCUGCUGGCGCACGGGGCGCGGGUGGACGCGGCGGACGCCGACGGGCGGACCGCCCUGUGCGUCGCCGCCAUGUGCGUGCCGUCGGCGGCCGGGGGGCGGGGCCACGCCGAGGUGGUGAGCGCGCUCCUGGACCGGGGGGCGGACCCCAGCCACCGCGACAAGGACGGGAUGACGCCGCUGCUGCUGGCGGCGUACGAGGGCCAGGCGGCCGUGAUGGAGCUGCUGCUGGAGGCCGGCGCCGACGUGGACGAGAGCGCCGGGCUCCGCGGCACGGCCUCGGCCGCCGUCACGCCGCUGCUGGCCGCCGCCUCCAUGGGCCACGAGGCGGCGGUGAGCGCCGCCCUCUUCUGGGGCGCCACGGCCGACGCCAUCGACGGCGAGGGCCGGACGGCGCUGAGCCUGGCGGCGGGGCGGGGCAGCGCCGGGGCGGUGCGCCUCCUGCUGGACCGCGGCCUGGACGAGAACCACAAGGACCACCUGGGCUGGACGCCGCUGCACGCCGCCGCCUGCGAGGGCCACCGCGCCGUCUGCGCCGCGCUCACCGAGGGCGGGAGCCUGGCCCGCGUGGCCGAGCCCGACAACGAGGGCCGCACGCCGCUCGUCCUGGCCGCCCAGGAGGGCCGCCUGGCCGCCGCCCGGCUCCUGCUGGACCGCCGCUCGCCCGUGGACCACCGCGGCUACGACGGGCGCUCGGCGCUGGCGGCGGCGGCGCUGGAGGGCCACGCCGAGGUGGCGGAGCUGCUGGUGCGGCGCGGCGCCGACACGGACGUGCGGGACGCCGAGGGCCGGCCGCUGCUCUACCUGCUGGUGCUGGAGGGCCGGCUGGACGCGGCGGCGCUGCUGGUGCGGGAGGGCGGGGCGCCGCUGGAGUCGCGCGACGCCGAGGGACGCACGGCGCUGCACGCCGCCGCCUGGCUGGGCGGCACCCAGGCGCUGGGGCUGCUGCUGAGGGCCGGGGCCGACCCGGACGCGCGGGACGCCGAGGGCCGCACCCCCCUGCACACGACCGCCUGGAGGGGCCACGCCGCCGCCGCCCGGCUGCUCCUGGACGCCGGGGGCGCCGCCGUGGACCUGGCCUGCCGGCGGGAGGGGGCCACGGCGCUCUGCAUCGCCGCGCAGGAGGGCCACGCCGACCUGGUGGCGGCGCUGCUGGAGCGGGGGGCCGACCCCCGGCACGCCGACCGCCACGGGCGCACCCCCGUCAAAGUGGCGGGGAAGAGGGGCCACGCCCGCAUCGUCAGGCUCCUGGAGAGUCACGGGGCGGAGACCUACGCCGGCGUCCUGCCCCUGCCCUCCCCCGCCUCCCCGCCCUCUCGGAGCUCCACCCUCCAGACCCAGUCCUCCGCCAGCUCGGGGAGCUCCGCCCCCCUCAAGGCCCCGCCCUCCACCUCCUCGCUCUCCUGCUCGCCUUCCUCCACCGCCGAGCGCUUGCGCUCCGCCCAGUCCUCCACCUGCCACUCCCUGGCCACCGUGCGGACCGUCCCGGCCGACAGCCUGAGCUUCACCCAGCUCAUCCAGCAGCACUCCCUCCCCCGCAGCCGGCCCUCCACCCUGCCCCCGCCCGGCUCCGCCCCCAACAGCCUGCCCCACCCCCGGGCCGGCUCCCCUCCCGCCGACUGCGGCGCCGACGCGCCCCGCAAGGGCUUCGGCUCCCCAGGGGACGGGGACUGGCCCGAAAUACAGCCCAGGGCCCCGGAGGUGAAGAGCGCCGGGCUGGACAGGGAGGAGCGGAGGCAGGGGAGGUGGAACUCCAUCAUGGCCUCCCUGGGGGUGAGCCCCGGACAGGACUGCCCCUCCAGGCCCCUGAAAAGCAGGGACGGCCCUCUCUUCGGGUACCCCAUCCAGCUGGACGGCCAGGGGCCCCAGAGGGAGGCUCGGGACGUGCCUCGUAAGAGCUCCCUGUCCCCGCCCUUCGGCUUCCCCUCCCCCAGUGCCUUAUCCCCCGAGUGCGUGGGCCCCCUCACCAGCGCGGACCCCCAGCUCAACCUGAAGCAGGCCAUCAAGCUGCAGUUCGAGGGCCCCACCAGCGCCGCCAUAUACAAGCGAGAAACGCCGCUCUGAGGAGGGCGCGAAGGCGUGGAUCCCCGAGGCGCAGCUGCAGCGUGGGCACCCGCUCCGAGGUCAGCCCGCAUCGCGGAGGGGAGGGGGCCGGGGGGGGGGCCCCGCUCCGGUCCGCUCCGAGCCUGCCGCCGACCGGGGGAACCCGGGGAACGCAUGAAGAGCGCUCUGUUUACAUUCCAGCGGUUUUCCUUUGUCCACUGGAAAGAGGAAAGAGCAGCUGUGGACACCCC